AUGAUCAACGCUGUUUUUGGAAAAACGAUGGAAAAUGUUGGAAAAUACAGAGAUGUUAAAUUAGUUACCAAGUGGGGAGGACGAUACGGUGCCAGAUCUUACAUAGCAAAAUCAAAUUUCCAUAGUUGUACGAUUUUCGAUAAAAACAUGGUCAUAAUUGAAUUGACUAAAACAAAAAUGAAACUAAACAAACCGAUAUACAGCGGACUUUCUAUUCUCGAUCUUUCCAAAACAUACAUUUACGAUUUUCAUUACAAUUAUGUGAAAAAAACUUUUGGAGACAAGGCGAAAUUGUUGUACACGGACACGGAUAGUCUUCUGUAUCAUUUCACCGUUCCCAAUAUAUACGAAUGUAUGAAAGCUGAUUUAUACAAAUUCGACACCUCCGACUAUCCUGUAGAUAAUGUUUAUGAAAUGCCGUUGGUGAAUAGAAAAGUUGUGGGACUGAUGAAAAAUGAAACCAACGCAAAAAUAAUUACCGAAUUCAUAGGCUUGAGAGCGAAAUUGUAUUGUUUUAAAGUGUUAAACGACCAUGAAGACAAAAAACGCGCCAAAGGGGUCAAAGGGUCAACUUUGAGGACAAUAAUUUUCAACGACUACAUGGAAUGUGCUUUGCAUCAGCAAAACUUAGUGAAAAUUCAGAAUUCAAUUAUAAGCAAAAAGCAUGAGGUCUAUAUGGUGUAA